CGGUGCUGAAUGGACAUCGCUGGAAACUUGUCAAGAUUGCCUCAUUUCCCACAAGGUGCUGUUUCAAUUGCACCCACUGAGGGGCGGAUUUAUUUAAAUAUAUUGAUCUGAAUUUGAACUCUCAUCUUUAAAUCUCAAGGUUCACCCAUCAUUACUUGUUUUCAGUGUGUCAAGCAAGAUCGAGAAGUUGUAACGAUCGCAUUCAGGAUUGGACAGGUGAUUCUUUCUUAAAUUAGAUCGUUUUAAUCUGUUCACUUCAUCUGGUCCGAUUAGACGUUUACCCGCCAUGAUCACAUGAUCAGAAUUGCUUGCAUCACUCUUCAUUGCAUGGCUAAUUGUAAAAGGUUGCAUCUCAAGCUGACAUCGAUGCCAAUGACGUCAUCGUCUCACUCAUUUCGAAACUUCUUUUAUUUAUUGAAUCGGAUGAGAUCAUUCGUGCAAUUUGAGAAGUUAUUCGCUUUGACUCGCUUGAUGAUUUGCCUUCGUUUGGAUGUGCGUGGUGUAUAAUUAUCUUAACGCUACUGACCGGCUAUGCCAGUCAAGAACUACCAAAUAGGAAUUGCAUGUUUAUAUUUGUAGAGUACAAGAGAAAAAACGACUACGUGAAAUAUUAUUGGCGUGACUGCAAUUAGCGUUUGUUCAGGUUUCGACUUGCUUAGUUUAUUUCACUUUGUCUUUCUCACCUCAAGACGUUAAGGAGGUUUCAUCGAACUAUACAAUAACUUGUUCACCUUGAUGUACAACUGUAGAUUGCUGUAAAAAAGUGACAAAGUUGUAAACGACCGAACUGUAAUCGACCGACAUCUACACGAAGUUUUCUUCCCAGUUCACGCCUAAACCACCUGGCAUCUGGCUGUACACCAUGUUGUUACUUCUCGUCGUCUUACUCUGUGGGGCGGGAAGCGUUUCUCGCGUCAGCUCUCUCGCGGAUGGCGAGACUUGUGAGCUGUCACACGGCGAGACUACCAUAGAUGUCGAGGUGGUGGACGAUAACCUUCAAAGAACUCUUCGAUGUCGGAAACGAGUUCAGGUGAACCAAUGCGAGGGUAAAUGCAUAUCACAGGUGUCUCCUACCGUCUUACAACAUGGCUUUGAUAAGAAAUGUCACUGUUGCAGAGAACAUGGGAUGGUUCACAAGAAGGUUGUCAUGACAAACUGCUAUGAUCACGCCCUAGGAAUCACAGAUCCAGAUUUCACUCACCAAGUGACUCUAAAACAACCCGAAGCUUGCCGUUGCCAGAUCUGUACAUUCUAAGAUUUUCCCAUAUUUGGUUUUUACUAUAUUUGUUCACUGAGAGGUUUUCCUAUGUAUUAUAUCCUUCAUAAUUGUAUGUAUUGUAAAUGAUUUUAAUGUUGGUGUUUGGAAAGUAAAGGACCUUUGUUUUUCGUAAUUAAUUAAUCAAUGAUUCAUUUUAUAAUGAUGUCAUUCUGACAUAUUUCUUUUUGUAAAAUGCUGCAUUAACAUGAGUAAGGCUUUAUCAAAACAUUAAAUGACCUAUCAACACUUUUAAAACUAAGGCAUGCCAAUAAACAAAAACGAUGAAUGUCCAAUUCAAGAUUUAUUUUGCUAAUAUUAAGCUUCAUUUUAUUUGAAUGACAGGUCAGAUAAAGAUCAUUUUAGACGUCAGGUUUUAAGAUCCUCUUGAAAGUCUCCGAGGAACGCGAGAAAUCAAACCAAUCUAUAGUUUAUCUUUAUCACCAAAAAUACGAAUGUUAGGAAUUUCAAAUGCAGACGUGUACUGUAAUGUUUAAAGCUACUACUCGCUUCAUGUAGGUUUAGUGUUAAGAUUGAUGUAAUUAACACAAUAACUAUGAAAGGAAAGAUAGCAUAACUGUACUCGGGUCAAGGGUUAACGUGAGAUUAGUAGUGCCUUUUUAUGCUGACGGG